AUGUCAGGAACUGUUGAAGUUGUUGCAGUUGUUGUUGAUUUUGAUGUCGUAGAGGACACUGUUGAAGUUGUUGCAGUUGUUGUUGAUUUUGAUGUCGUAGAUGAUACUGUUGAAGUUGUUGCAGUUGUUGUUGAUUUUGAUGUCGUAGAGGAAACUGUUGAAGUUGUUACAGUUGUUGUUGAUUUUGAUGUCGUAGAUGAUACUGUUGAAGUUGUUGCAGUUGUUGUUGAUUUUGAUGUCGUAGAUGAUACUGUUGAAGUUGUUGCAGUUGUUGUUGAUUUUGAUGUCGUAGAGGACACUGUUGAAGUUGUUACAGUUGUUGUUGAUUUUGAUGUCGUAGAGGACACUGUUGAAGUUGUUACAGUUGUUGUUGAUUUUGAUGUCGUAGAGGAAACUGUUGAAGUUGUUGCAGUUGUUGUUGAUUUUGAUGUCGUAGAGGAAACUGUUGAAGUUGUUGCAGUUGUUGUUGAUUUUGAUGUCGUAGAUGAUGCUGUUGAAGUUGUUGCAGUUGUUGUUGAUUUUGAUGUCGUAGAGGACACUGUUGUUGGUGAUGAUUGUUGGAAUGAAGGCUAUAAUAAUAUGCCGUUAAAUAUGAUGAAGUCGGUGAAAACAUCGGAAGAUUGGAAAUAA